AAUGGAUUGUGGCAUACCAUCAGCUCAAGGGUUCAGUUCAUUCACGCCAACACAUCUCAAGCCUUAAAAUUUAGUGGCAAACAAUUGCCUGACUGGGGGUUCAAUCAGCACGAGAUGGUCACCGACAAGAACCACAACCAGGAGGACACCGUCUGGAAUGUUGAGGAACACAGAUAUACCAAGAAUUCUGACUUAAAGGAAAGGGAACGGGAGAUGGGAAUGGCUGAGUUCGUGCCCCUCAAACCCACUCAGCUGUCAUUCUUUGUCAAGAUGUUUGAAUUACAGUACAAAAUGCUUGUCGUUAACCAGGAGAACGUCCAAAAUCACAUCUAUAGCUGUGACUCACCAUUAGAUUGGGUCACACUCACCAAGGGAAUCGCUUAUUGGGUCAGCCCUGACAGCAAUGUAUGUCGCAACCUGAACAUGCCGCAAACACCAAUGUCUAAUCCGUGUCUCAUGACCCUAUUUUUGCACCAUUACCUGCCGGCACUGGUAUUCAAAUUGUUGUUAAUGGCAGCUCUUAUCGAGCACUUGAAAUGUUUGAUACCAUCGAAAGUUAUCAACAGUUUGGUUGCAAUACUUAUGUCAUCCAUAAUCUACACUUAUUUCAAAUUCCUGCCAUUGAGUUACGGAACCGGAAAACUCACGGCCAGUGAUAUCACGAGUCUUAAGUGGAGCUCUUCGUGGCAGCUGAUCGUCCAUAAGCCAUAG